AUGUCAGCCCCUGAAUCUCAAUCAACCAUGGACGUCGAUGAGUUCGAGAAGACGCUCCUGCAGUUGCGAUGCUUCGACACCAUGUUCCUCGUCGACGACUCAGAGGCCAUGCAGCCAUACUGGUCUGAGAUCAAGACACUGAUAGAGCGCAUUGCCCCCAUCUGUGCUAAGCACGAUCCAGAUGGAGUCGAUCUGUACUUUGUCAACCACCGACCGGGCGGCGUUCUGGCCAAAUUGCCCGGAUUACAAUCCAUUCGCAAGUCAGGCUAUACUCACAUUGGCGGCUUCGUCGGCAGUAUGCUCUUGACAAGCAAAGGAAAGCAGGUCGGCAGCAUCUUCGACAGCGUCAAGCCGGCUGGCAAGUGCAAUAUGGGCUCCAGGCUCGGUGGCCUUCUCAAGUGGUACUGCGACAAGUACACGGCUGGAGAGGAGAAGGCUGCUCUCAACAUUGUCGUGCUCACUGCCGGGCAAUUCGACGAUGACAUAAAAACGCCACUUAUCAACGCUGCAAGAACCCUCGAUGAGGCCAAGGCACCGAUUCACCAAGCUGGUGUUCAGCUAUUCCGGCUAGGCGGGCCGAAUCUAGAGCGACAGAAGACGCUACAGCACCUGGAUGACGAACUGCACAAAGAGGCUGGAACACGAGACAUUGUCGAUACGGUGACUUGGAGCGGACACGGCACAUCCAUGUCGGAUGAUGAGCUACUCAAAGUUGUCUUGGGCGCGGUCAUCAAGAAGAUCGACAUGCGUGCCUCUGAGCUCCACUUAGAUGAACAAGCCCCGACUUCACGUGCUGACCGGGAAUUUGACGAGAAUAAUGUGAUUUGA